AUGGCAAAACCAAGCAAAAGGGGCUUUGGAUCAGCCCGUUCAGCGAAGGCCAAGUCGACUGAAAAGAAAUCAUCUAAAGUCAAGUCAGGCAAAGCAAAAGCAACUACCACUUCCCAGCCUGCAGAUUCCGAUUCUACUACUUCACCAAGAAGAUCCUCUCCGGAUCUUCUGAACUCAAUGUCUAAAGCAGGUCAGACGAAGAAGUGUGAUGCGAAUGCUCGGCCUUCUAAGAGAGCGCGCUUGUUCGACGCAACGUCUCGAAUUAUCACCUUGAUCGUUGGCGAACAAGAAGUCCCAUUCUUCAUCCACGAAGGUAUUCUGUGUGAAAAUUGCCCCGUAUUCGUCUCAGCCCGCAUGCCGGAAUGGAUGAGGGAUGAUAAUCCAAAGAUUGAGCUGCCUGAGGAUGACCACGAACUUAUCGAAGUUAUGGUGUAUUGGAUGUACCGACGCAUUCUCUUCUUCCCCUCUUCCUUCGAAAAAGGCCACGUCGAUAUCACCAGUUCUCUCUCCAGCGCUCCCGGCCUGCUAGCAAGACUCUUCAUCCUCGCCGAGAAAUAUCAAAUCACACCACUGCAAAACGACAUCAUAGACGCCUUCCUCAUCUGGAUGGACGAUUUCUCGCUCCAGCACCGCAUCCCUGCCUCCGUGAUCCAAUACGUCUGGGAGCACACGAUUUCCGAGGAGUGUAUGCUGAGAGUGUUCUUGGUUGAUUAUGUGAGGGCUGAGUAUACGUAUUGGCAUUUGAAGACGGCGAGAGAUUUGAUUGUGGAUAAGGGUUUUUGGUAUGAGUUGAGUAGGGGAAGUGCGCUGACGGUGGAUCUUCUGAGGGAGUGUUUGGAUGAGGGCGGUCCCGAGGUGAUUGGUGAUAUGAGGGAGCACCUCGAAGAUGACUUGACGCUUGAUGUUUGUGUGAAUUGGCAUACGCAUGGGGCUAAGGAAGAACAGUGCAGGGUGUUGAAGAGGUAUGUUUUGGAUGGUGAGGAAGAGGAGGAUGGGUGAAAGGAUGGGUGAAUGGCUGGGUUGGGGUUUUGAUGUCCCUGGGAGAUGUGGGACUUUGACGCCUUAAUUUAUCCCUUGUAUUAAAGAAAAUGUUCUACAGUAGUGAGGCGAAUGUCCCAAUCCCAGGUGCGUUGGUCAUCAAGGAGAGAUUUUCUUGCACUCG